AUGGGGAACGCCCUAUGCAAGGAGAUAUGCACCCCCAACCAUAGCCGCAAGCCCGGCCGGGGCCCCUCUACGGCCAAGGCCCAGGGGCAGCAGCAGCUGCCCGCUGAGGCGGCCGGCGCGCCGCCACCAAAGCCGCACCCGCCCCCAGGCGAGAGGGGGGCGGCAAGACCAGGCAGCAGCAAGCCAGUCGCCCUGGGAGACGUCCACUUUGAGGAGGGCCAUGGCGCCGCAACCUGGAAGAUUCCUUCCAGCAGCUGCUCUGGCGCCCCAGAGGCCGUGGCCGUGGGCGUGGCCGCAGCCCCGGCAGGGGUCGUCAUGGUGCAGGUGCUGGCGGGGACGCAAGGGCUUGAGCUGCAGCACCCGGGACAGCAUCAUCACCAUUCAAGCCAGCCGCAACAGCAGCAGCAGCCGCAACAGCACAAACAGGAGCAGCAGCAGCUGCAGCCGCCUCAGCAGCAGCAGCCGCCCCAGCAGCAGCAGCCGCCCCAGCAGCAGCGGCAGCAACAGCAGCAGCCUCAGCCGCUGCCGCUGCCGCAGCAUUCGCCGCAGCAGUUACAGCAGCAGCAGCAGCAGCAGCAGCAGCAGCAGCAGCAGCAGCAGCAGCAGCCUAUAGAGUUUCAGGCGGUGUCAUCAACGCCGCCCACUGCAAGCAU